CAUGUCCAUAUAAACGCUUCACCCAUCGAGCGCUUGGCUCACCACGGAAACACUCAUUCUCGGUGUCUCUCACUCGCUCUGUACGUACGUUGCCGCCUGCCCAUGGCGUCGCGGUCGCUGUUCGCGUUGCUGGUAGUGGCGGCGGCGAUGUGUGCGUCGGUGGCGUCGGCAUUGCGGAGCAGGGCGGCGACCGACCCGAACAUGGAGGUGAAGUUCGACUUCACGCCGUUUCUGAUCCAGUACAGGAGUGGCAGGGUGCAGAGGCUGAUGGGGACGACGGUGGUGGCGCCGUCGCUGGACGUGCGCACCGGGGUGGUGUCCAAGGACGUGGUCGUCGACCGGAGCACGGGGCUCGCGGUGCGGCUGUACCGGCCGAAGCACCGGGGCGGGAGGCUCCCGGUGCUCAUCUACUUCCACGGCGGCGCGUUCGUCGUCGAGUCGGCGUUCGACCCGGUGUACCACAACUACCUCAACGCGCUCGCGGCCAAGGCCGGCGCCAUCGCGGUGUCGGUGAACUACCGCCUGGCCCCCGAGCACCCGCUCCCCGCGGCGUACGACGACGCGUGGACGGUGCUCAGGUGGGUGGCCGCCGACAUGCAGCGCGGCGCGGACUCGUGGCUCGCGAGGCGCGGGGACGCGUCGCGCCUGUUCGUGGCCGGGGACAGCGCCGGCGGCAACAUCGCGCACAACCUCGCGAUGCGCGCGGGGCAGCACGGCGGCGGCGCGACGAUCCGCGGCGUGGCGCUGCUGGACCCGUACUUCCUGGGGAAAUACGUCGACCCGACGGCGCAGCGGGCGUGGGGUUUCAUCUGCGCGGGGAGGUACGGGAUGGAGCACCCGUACGUGAACCCGAUGGCGCUGCCGGCGGCGUCGUGGAGGCGCCUCGCCACCUCCCGCGUGCUGAUGACGGUGUCCGACCUCGACCGGCUCGGCCCGUGGCAGCGCGCGUACGUGGACGCGCUCCGUGGCAGCGGGUGGCCCGGGGAGGCGCGGCUGUACGUGACGCCCGGCGAGGGCCACUGCUACUUCCUCAACAACCUCGAGUCGCCCAAGGAAGCCAUGCAUAUGGCCACGCUCGCCGCGUUCAUUAACCGCGACACCUAGCAAGCACAUCACUAGCAGCAGCUCUGAAUUCUGAUCCAUCUUCAACGUGGCAGCUCAGCUACACACCCGAGUAAAGCCAUACUGUAAUGAGUACUCCUAGUAACCACAUAUAGCUUAUAGUGUUACUACCAUUUUUUUCUGUCUUUCUUCAUCGAGGCAGAUCGACAUCCGUACGUGUGAGUGUGAUUUCAGUGUUUCGACUGAGAAUUGCAUAUGUACACUUCGUUACGUACCUCCGUGAAACUUGGAAGGGGAAAACGCAUGUAAAUUAAAACGUACUA